AUGUUUUCUCUUGACAAACAAAAUGCCGAAAAGCGGGCAUUUGUGGAUAAGGCAAAGUCAGAGCGUGAAAAACGGGAAUUGCAGCGUGUCAAACAAAAACAAGAACAAAAACAUGCUCAAGCUGUCGAUGUAAUACAAACUACAUAUAAAAAGCAUUGUCAGAGAAAGAAAGAUGUAAAACAUCUACGAGAACUAUGGGAUAUCGAUGUCCUAUACACUAAUGACAAGGGAUCAAAUCCAACAUUUUCUAUAUCCUCAACUGAAGUUCUUGGUUUUUCAUACUUGAUGUUUGCUUUCUUCAAUCCGUCUGAUGAUGCAAAAGAUCUGUCAAGAUUUUCGCAUCUUUGCAAGAUGAUUUUAUCAACAACUACUCCUUCAACACCUGCAAAGUCUCAAACACAAAAAACCCUGCAGUCUGUUGCACCAUUUCAUUCUCUACUGCUUAACGAACGAUACAAAGUGUUGAUGUUGAAAAUCAUGAAAAAAAUACUUUGGCAAUGUGUCAUUUGUGUUACUGGUUCUUUGAAUGAAACUAAUGCUUUAAAAUCUUCCAAACCUUUGUAUCUCUCUGGUCCAGAAUUACGAUUACUUAUAUACUUUCUUGAUCCUAAAAAUUAUAUUGCCAAAGGAACAAUUGCUUCUUAUUCUUCCAUGUGGAGUCAGCAACUUGUAAUACUUUAUGAUUAUCUUAUUCAUCAAGGAUUUUACAAGCAAAUUGGUUAUGGAAUGAUGUUGCGUGUAAAUUCCAUCCUUUCUUUUCAAUCAAGGGCUGUAAAAGCUGAAUUAAUGGACAAUGAUAAGAAAUUAUUAAAAUCAACUCAUUUAUGGUUAAUAGCAUGUCUUCGAUGCUGCUUGUUUUCUUUGGAUUUAAAUAAUGAUGUUGACAUGACUUUAAAUAAUUUACAGUCACUCAAAAUGUCUAAAAACAAUUUACAAGAUCGUUCAGUAAAUAACCUAAAUAAUUUUAUUUGUUAUAUAUUGACAAUCCCUUGUUUGAUAUCAUGCUUUGAUGAGAUCUGUUUAGGGAUGUUCAAAACUUAUAAUAUUUUAUCGCGAGCAAUUCACACCAUGUGUAUUCCUGAUAUUGUCGUCAAUAUAUUGCAAAUGAUUACAGGUAAUGACACUAUAUUUCUUGCAGGAAAUAUGGUAGAACUCAUGUCAAGAAUAGAUACACUUUCUCUUCCAAAUAACAAAGUUGAAACAACAUUUCAUAAUUUUAUCGAAUCAAUCAUUUUUCUAUUACAACAUUGUCAAAAAUAUGUUUCUACUAAACAAUCUAACACCCAUUAUCAAUAUCAUCCUGUUUUUACUUGGUAUUCUGGGACAACUGACCCAAACAUUUCGACGUCUCAUUUCAAUAGAUUAAUAAUACAACUGGAAUAUCUAUGGCAAAAACCAUUUUUACUUCGAUCAUUUAAUCACGUCUUGAAUUUUAAAUUCGACUCUCAACUUAAUAAUAAUCUCGACUCUUCCAAAAUACCAUCACAGAAAAAAACAUUAAUCGACAAAAAUUCAAGUUUAACUUCUAAUCAAAUAACUCUUUUGGCCGUUGAAACUCAAGAUAUUUGUCGCCUUUAUCUUAUGCUUUCAAAAUUACUUAUCAUGCAAAAACAUGAUAUCAUGAUGAACUUGAUAUUCCUUCCGCGUCUUGUACCUACCUUAUGGCAAUUUAUGAUGUGUUUAGGCCCUAAAGGACGAAUGAAAAUUUUUUUGUCAGAAACUGUAGUUAAAGAACCUGGAAAGGAACCGUUAAUCGGGAUUUUAGAGUUAUUCUGUGAAAUUUGUGGUAUAUUAUUAUUAACCAUUGAUGAUAAUGAAUUAUAUGAAAUACAAACUUCUUUUUCAAUUGAACAUGAUUUGAGACCUAUGGCCACAUUCUUUAAUAAAAUUUGCUUUGCCCUUCUUAGUAAUUCUUCACCAGAUGGUAAUCCUCCUGCAAUAUUUGAAUCUGCACGAAGGGUGCUUCUCCAAUUGCAUUCACGCGACACUAGGCGCGUAUUUACUGGCCCGGAUCAUACUUGGCUUCUUAUUAAAGAUCCCAAAAAAUCUUUACCAUUAUCUUUAGCAAAUUUUCUCAAAAAAUCCGUAGUUAAUUCCAACAGUUCAAUGGGAACUUCAUUUUUAGAACGUAUUCGUAGUAAUGAUCCUAUUUCCGUAAAAAUUCUCAAUCUAUUACCUCAUACUAUCCCUUUUGAGACCAGACUCGAUAUUUUUCGUGAAUUCUUGCAAACUGAUGAUUUUUACAUCAAUGAUUCGUCGGAUAUUGUAAUAAAAAUUAGACGCGAUCAUGUGUUAGAAGAUGGAUAUAAGCAAUUAGGAAGAUUAACUGCAACGCAGAUUAAAGGCCGAAUUAGAGUUAUGUUUGUAAAUGAAACUGGUAUGGAUGAAAUUGGUGUGGAUCAAGGUGGCCCGUUUAAAGAAUUUAUUACUCAACUUAUGGCUGAAGCUUUCGAUCCAAAAUGCGGCUUCUUUGCUGUUACUCCUGAUGGCUCUCUUUAUCCCAAUCCUCAUAGUACAUCUACAAAAUUACCACUAUAUACUUUUUUGGGUCGAAUGAUUGCAAGAGCAAUGAAAGAAAAAAUCUUAUUAGACUCUCAAUUUGCGGAAUUUUUUUUAAGUAAGAUUUCCGGGCGAGCAGUAUUUUUGGAAGACCUUAUCGGUUGGAAUGAUGAAUUAUGGAAAAAUCUAAUAUUUUUGAAGAGAUAUGAAGGCAAUGUUGAAGAUUUAGGUUUAUUUUUCGUAAUAGAUGAAGAGAUUAAUGGGCAGAUUACGUCGAAAGAGCUUAAAUCAGGUGGUUCACAUAUGACUGUUACAAAUUACAACAAAAUUCAGUAUAUCUACCUUGUGGCAGAUUAUAAAUUGAAUAAACAAAUCAAGGAACAAACGGAAGCAUUUAUCAAUGGUUUUCAAUCAAUGAUACCAAUAAAUCGACUUAGAAUGUUUUCACCACCAGAGUUGCAACGUGUGAUGUCAGGAGAAGACGUUAAUUGGGACAUAGCGGAUUUACGCAAACAUACUAUUUACCAAUCUGGAUAUUUUGAUCAGCAUAAAACUAUCAGAACUCUUUGGUCGAUAUUAGAAGAGUUUGGUUCCAAAGAUAAAAAUGCAUUUUUAAAAUUUGUCACAAGUUGUUCGAGGCCACCGCUUGGCGGGUUUAAGUACUUACAACCACCAUUUACUAUCCGCAUGGUAUCGAUGGAAUAUGAUGAUUCUGACUCACGUCCUGUCCUUGCACCAGUUAAAGCAUUUUUUAGUUUUGGAAAUUCCAAAUCAGCAGCUAAAGGAAGAUUACCUACUAGUUCUACAUGGUAA